AUGCCAACCACCACGUCCGCACCUGACAAAUCGAGACAAACCUCGGCUGGCAAAUCGUUUUUCGGGAGGAAGUUGCAUAAGGAACGACCGGCAGAGGAUCGAUAUGACGGCAGCGGAGGAUUCGAGAGUCUCGCGCCCCCGGGGAGUGCGGCCGGAUCCCGUUCGUCCCGACACUCGAAACGGUCGUCCGUCCAGUCGGUUGAUUAUCCUCACGAAGUCGAUCCGGCCGGACUUUCAAUGACAGCCGGCGUGAUCACCUCUAUCCCCUUUGAGAGCCUACCCGCCGAUACCAAGUCGCCCAUCCCGGUCGAUUAUCUCUCCAAAGCCGAGACGUCGCCACGAAAGGAGCCGUCGCCACACCAUCUCGCGAAAGGUGGAGGAGAUUUUCACCAAUAUCCAGCCUGGAACCCGUCAGCCGUCCGAGAUACCAAUCAGUACUCGCACCCCACCGGGCCGCGUCCACCACCGCAUGCCUCGAACGUAACGAUGUCUGGGAGCUCGACGGGAGACAGAGGAACACGAUAUCAGCAGUGGGGACGACCAGGAAGCUCUUCCACGAACGUUGGAUUCAGCCACAAUUCGUCGUCGACGGUGGAUUCUUCCUCGAAUUCAAGGAUGUCUUUGGACCAAGCCAGCGUCCAUUCGUCGCUCUCCUCCAACACGAGAGGCUCAAGCUAUUUCUCUUCAGACGGAUCUUCGCGCACGCUCACAACCUCGCAUUCGGCGGACCGCAACACUUACUUUCCCAACGGGAACUCCAACCGCCUAUCCAACGCACAAAUGGCCUGGCAGUUAGCUCAGCCGGCGCCCCAGCCGAGACCGAGUAACCCUGAACAAUACCUGAGUCGACCGCGAGAUGACCGCGUGGUUGACCAGCUUUUCCUCGAGCUGAUGCAGAAGCGAGGCUGGCAAAAUCUCCCCGAACAAGCCAAACGGCAAAUGCUCUCGUACCCGGCUUCGAAGAAAUGGACCCUUGUCCACCAGGACCGGCUCACGGAACUGCAAGGAGAGCAGAAGCGGAGGCAGAACGCACGCCAAACUCACGGCCAUGACGGCCCAUCCGGCAUUCUGGAGCGGGCGGAUGAAGAGGGGAGUCCGGAGUGGUACGUAAAGAAAGUUAUGGACGACUCUAUUACCUCGAAACAGCUGGCAAGUUUAAGUGUCAGUCUUAGAACGCAACCGAUUAGCUGGGUAAAGGCUUUUGUCGAGUCACAGGGGCAGAUAGCCCUGACAAAUGUUCUUGCAAAGAUUAAUCGCCGAAAGGCGUCGGGCCCUGUCCCUGCUCCCCCAACAGGGGACAAGGAUCUGGAUCGAGAAUACGAUAUUGUGAAAUGUCUGAAGGCCCUGAUGAACAACAAGUACGGUGCGGACGAUGCUUUGUCUCACCAGCAAGUUAUCGUCGCGCUCGUGAGCUCACUGCUGUCACCACGAUUGAACACGAGGAAGUUGGUCAGCGAAGUGUUGACAUUCCUUUGUCACUGGGCCGAAGGGCAUGGCCACCAGAAAGUUCUCCAGGCUAUGGACCAUGUCAAGAACCACCAUGGCGAAACUGGCCGCUUCGACGCUUGGAUGCGCAUCGUCGAGGUCACGAUCGAUGGCCGCGGGAAGAUGGGUAGUUUAGUCGGCGCCAGCGAGGAGUACCGAAGUGGUGGAAUUGGAAUGGAGAACCUCCUCAUGGAAUACGCUGUCUCUACAAUGCUCCUCAUCAAUAUGCUGGUCGAUGCGCAAGAGAAUGACGUGCAGCUACGAUGUCACAUCCGCGCGCAAUUCAUCUCCUGUGGCAUCAAGCGUCUUUUGACAAAGAUGGAAGGGUUCCAAUAUGAGGUUAUCGACAAGCAGAUCGAACGUUUCCGGGAGAACGAAGCUAUCGAUUAUGAAGACCUUCUCCAACGGGAGGGCAGCAGCAUGAAGGAUAGUAUCGAGGGCGAGGUGAAGGACAUGAGUGACCCGCUGCAAAUCACCGACGCCAUCGCAUCUAAGAUCAACGGAACUCGGGCGCAUGACUAUUUCCUCUCGGCCAUGCAACACAUGCUCUUGAUCCGAGAGAAUUCCGGUGAAGAUGGCCUCCGAAUGUACCAACUUGUGGACGCCAUGCUCAGCUACGUUGCCAUGGACCGACGGCUACCCGAUCUUGAUUUCCGGCAGGGAUUGACGUUUACUGUGCAAAGCCUUCUAGACCGGCUGCACACGGAUGCAGAGGCAAGGCAGGUGUAUGAUGAGUCUCUCGAAGCCCGUCAAAUUGCGGAGGCCGCGAUUGCCGAACGUGAUGAGAUGAAGGCGCAGAUUGAGCUGGGUGCAGAUGGCCUGGUGAAGAAGCUGCAGAAGCAAAUCGACGAGCAAACUGGUAUAAUAGAAUUGCAGUCGAGGCAGAACGAGAUGGUCAAAGCCGAGCUGGCGGACGUGCAGAGACUACGCGCACAGGAGCUGCAGCGCAACGAACUGGAAACCCGGGAGUUGUAUCUGAUGCUUCGAGAUGCCCAGGACAUAGCUGCCUCGAAUGCCAAGAAGAGCAAUCUGGCAGAAGACGAUCCCUCCCAGAUGAGGGGGAUAUUGGACCGCGAGAAGCUUCUGGGCCGGCUAGAAAUGCAGCUGGAACGGACCAAAACCCAGUUCAAACUGGAAGGCAAGGUUUGGGGGCAGCACGGGCCUUCGGACCGACUGCGUGAAUUGCGAGAACAGAUGGACGGAGAACCGGGGCCGAACGAGGAAUUCGAGGAACACGCUCGCCGGAAUCUCGACAGCAGCGCUUUGGGAUCCGCCUACCGCAAGAGAAGCCAUGCUCCGGGAGCGGACGGCGAUGUCGCUGGCGAGGACCUGCAGGUCGAUGACAAUGGAGAAGUGAUCUACGAGAAGGCGCGCCUCGUGGAUCUCCAGCGACCCCGAAUGAAUCCCGCUCAAGCGACGGGUCUCCUCGGGGAGAUCACCUCCAAGGUGCCCAAAUUCGAUUCCGAGGAAGGGGAUCCGAACAACGCCGUUUCCCGACCACCUGAUGGUGCCGAGGCCCAGGUGGGAGAGGCCGGUGGUGAAGGCAAAGAUGAUGAAGCCGCCGAGAAAGCUCAGCCAACAGCUGCAGCUCCUCCACCGCCGCCUCCUCCGCCGCCUCCGCCUCCGCCCGGACUACCUGGGGCUAUCCCUCCCCCUCCGCCGCCUCCGCCGCCUCCUCCGCCCCCCGGAGCGGGUGUCGGGAUCCCUCCUCCCCCUCCGCCGCCACCUCCCCCCGGAGCUGGGGGCCUCAUGCCUCCGCCUCCUCCACCUCCCCCCGGAGCCUCGUUCGGGGCCCCUCCGCCACCACCCCCUCCUGGCGCCUCUGUUGGGGGCUGGAGAGCCAAUUACAUGGCUUCGCAGGGUCUUCCCUCCAAGCCCUCAGCUGCCAUGCCGUCUAUCCGGCCUAAGAAGAAACUCAAGGCACUCCAUUGGGACAAGGUUGAUGCUCCGCAGGUGACUGUGUGGGCCUCACAUGCCGCGACCCCCGAGGCGAAGGAGGAGAAAUACACCGAGCUGGCUAAACGGGGUGUGUUGGAUGAAGUCGAGAGGCUGUUCAUGGCCAAGGAAACCAAGAUCUUCGGGGGUGGCGCAGCAUCCAAACAACGCAAAGACAAAAAGCAAAUCAUUUCAAAUGAGUUGUCUAAGACCUUCCAGAUCGCGUUGGCAAAAUUCUCACAAUACCCUGCAGACGAUGUCGUGCGGAUGGUCAUCCACUGCGACGCCGAUAUCCUCGACAACAUGGUUGUCAUGGACUUCUUUCAGCGGGAUGAAAUGUGCACGAUCCCGGAGAAUAUCUCGAAGCUGAUGGCACCGUACAGCCGAGAUUGGACCGGCCCGGAUGCUGCCAGUUCCGAGCGAGAGCAAGACCCGAGCGAAUUGACCCGAGAGGACCAGAUUUAUCUGUACACUGCCUUUGAAUUGCACCACUAUUGGAAGGCCCGAAUGCGUGCCCUUGCUUUAACCCGCUCCUUCGAGCCGGACUAUGAGCACAUCUCCUCAAAGCUUCAGCAAAUCGUCAGCGUCAGUGAAUCCCUGAGGGACUCGGUGUCCCUGAUGAAUGUUCUGGGUCUUAUUCUAGACAUCGGUAAUUUCAUGAACGACGCCAACAAGCAGGCCCAGGGAUUCAAACUGGGUUCUCUUGCACGCCUCGGGAUGGUCAAAGACGACAAAAACGAAACGACAUUUGCGGAUCUUGUGGAGCGAAUCGUUCGCAACCAGUACCCCGAAUGGGAAGGCUUCGCUGAUGAGAUCAACGGCGUCGUUGCGAUUCAGAAGCUUAAUGUUGACCAGCUGCGAACGGAUGCCAAGAAGUACAUUGACAACAUCAAGAAUGUGCAGGCAAGUUUGGACGCGGGCAAUCUCAGUGAUCCCAAGAAAUUCCACCCACAGGAUCGUGUCAGCCAGGUCGUCCAGCGCAGUAUGAAGGACGCGCGACGAAAAGCCGAACAAAUGCAGCUCUACCUGGAUGAGAUGAUCAAAGCAUAUGAUGAUAUCAUGGUCUUCUAUGGCGAGGACAAUGCGGACGAGGGUGCCCGACGAGACUUUUUCGCUAAGCUGGCGGCGUUCUUGCUGGAAUGGAAGAAAUCAAGGGAAAAGAACAUGACUUUGGAGGAGUCUCGGAAGCGGACCGAAGCGUCCCUGGCUCGCAAACGAAUCAAUGCUGGCCUGGCGAACAGUGCCAGCUCUGUUAGCGAAGCGCCCCAGUCACCAGCCACAAGCGGCGCCAUGGAUUCGCUCCUGGAGAAGCUGCGAGCUGCAGCACCUCAGGCCAGGGACCAACGUGACCGCCGCCGUCGUGCAAGGCUGAAGGAGCGGCACCAGGUUCGGGUCGCCUCGGGACAGAAGAUUCCGGAUAUCUCUGGGUCUGAUGGCGCGGAUGCUGAGAAGAAUAACGCGGAGGAAGGCUCCAGCAAUACCGCAGACAACAACAACGAUACCGAUGUCGCCGACCCUGGACUCCUGAGUCCUGCCGUCCCGGAAUCCGAUUCGGGUUCGAUUGGCAAGGAGUCCCAGGUGUCCGAGAGCGAGGACGUGGCAGAUCGUGCCGCCAGCAUGUUGCAGGGUCUAAGAGACAAUGCCGAUGGGGAGCGCACGCGAAGACGGCGAGAAACCGCGGAGGAAGAACGACGCAAACGCAGGUUACGGAGGCGGAAUGGCGCCACCAGUGGAAGUAAAGACAGCGCUGAUGGCUCAGUUCUGUCCGCCACCGCCGAACCGACGUCACCCCCUCCGACGGAUUCAAUGGAGCAUACCGAAACAAUCCCCUCCAGUCCCCCUCCAGCAGAGGAUGAUGCCUCUCAACCACCUCUGACCCCGGCUAUCGUCGUUUCUCCUACGGCCGACCAGCACCUCCGCUCUCCGGGCAGCAAUGGCGGCGACGACGACUCCACCGAUGCGCCCCUUGACAGGUCCAUGGAGCCCUCGGACUGA